GCCUGGACCAGGCCGAUGGAGUGUAUAAAAGCAGCGACUCCGCACUUCAAACUCAGAACCAAAACCAUCUCAUCCAUAGAAGCACUGAGAAUAAAUUAAUACUAACAGUCUUCUGUAGGCUAUAACAAAUAUCACUUAAAAUGGAGUUCUGCUUUGGAUUACGUCAGACCCGUGGAUCUAAGAUUUCUUCCUCAUGGAUCAGCUUGACCCUUCUUUGCUCAAUGCUGUGCAUGUGGACAAGUGUAGAGUGCUGGUCCUACUACUACUCUAACACCACCAUGGAUUGGCAACACGCUCGGGACUGGUGCCAGGAGCACUACACAGACAUGGUGGCCAUCCAGAACCAGGAGGAGAUCGAGCACCUCAAAAGCUGGCUGCCCAGGAAAACCAACUACUACUGGAUUGGGAUCCGCAAGAUCAAUAAUGUCUGGACCUGGGUUGGCACCAACAAGUCUCUGACAGCAGAAGCAGCCAACUGGGCAGUGGGCGAACCGAACAACGGCAAGAAUGGGAGGAGUAAAAUGGGCAGCGAGGACUGUGUGGAGAUGUACAUUAAAAGGAAGGAGCAGACGGGCAAGUGGAAUGAUGAGAGGUGCGGGAAUAAGAAGACUGCGCUGUGCUACACAGCUGCCUGUGACACUGACUCGUGUCGCUACGGAGACUGCGUCGAAACCAUCAACAGCCACAAGUGUGCUUGUUUUGAGGGCUUUUUUGGGGAGAAGUGUGAGCAAGUGAUCGAGUGCGACGAAGACGAGGUGACUGUCCCAUAUAAAGGAAGUGUAAAUUGCAGCCAUGAGAAUGGAAACUUCUCCUACAACUCCUCAUGCGAGUAUUCCUGUGAGGGAGGAUACCAGCUGAGUAUGUCCAGACCCCUGAGAUGCACUGCCUCGAAAAAGUGGUCAGAGCUGCCCCCAACAUGUGAACCGGUUCGCUGUCCGGAGCUGUCUCGUCCCGCAGGAGGAUCCGUGAAGUGCUCCGAUCCUCUGGGCCCCUCCAGCUACCAGUCCACCUGUGUGUUUACCUGCGACGAGGGCUAUGCACAAGCAGGUUCCUCGUCCAACACUCUGCAAUGUGAAGCAUCGGGAAGUUGGAAUGCCUCCCAGCCGUUGUGUGUUGCAAUCACAUGUCAGAAUCCAGUGGGAGACAAUCACCUGAUCUCCAUGUGCAGUGAUUCUCCCCCUGAGCUGCGUUCAGGCUCCACCUGCAGCUUCAGCUGUGCAGCAGGCUUUGAACUGCAGGGAGCGGACACCAUCCAGUGUUCUGGUGACGGGCAGUGGAGCAAAGCCUUGCCUAGCUGCAAAGCAAUAGGAUGUCCUGCUCCCGAGAUUCCAGAAAGUGGCCAGAUGAGCUGCAGCCUUCCUCUGUCUUCACCUGCCUCCACCGAGACCCCGCAUCCACUUGGUAUGGUCUGCACUUUCAGUUGUGAUGAAGGCCAUGAGCUCGAAGGUGCACUCAGCAUGGCGUGUGAACAUCCAGGCCAGUGGACCUCCACACCACCAACCUGUACAGCAGUUGUAAGUUGCCCGUUGCUCGAGGCUCCAGAAAAUGGUGACAUCAACUGUUCAAACAGCGAGCCGGUACACAACUCUCAGUGCUCCUUCACGUGCAGUGAAGAAUACUCACUGGAUGGACAUGAGCUGCUGACCUGUGGCCAUCAUGGCAACUGGACUGGAAAGAGACCCAGCUGCCAAGCUCCCCCAUCUAAGAUUGCGCCUAUUGCCUACGGCGUGGCAACGGGGGGCACUCUGUUAAGUGGUCUGUCUCUUGCUAUUUGGAUCCUGAAGCGACUGAAGCAGAGAAAAGACACAUUUGAGCUGAGCAGCAACUCCGACAUCGAGGCCCCUCCGCAGGUCUACAAGAACAGCACCGACAGCCUCAUAUAGACACAGUCAUGAUCUUCAGAGGCAACUGAGGACAAACAGAGACUGUAUAGCUUUAACAUAUCUGUAUGUGAGUCAGCGGACAUAGUCAUUUCAACAAUGUGAAUAAUCUUUGAUUGUAUAAUGGUUGUUAUAGGCUUUGAACAGUAUGUCAGAGCUAUUAAUGGUGAUAGGAAUUUCUUUCUUUAGACCUUUGCAUUCAAUGGUGGUAUCACAUUUCGUUGUCAUGUGCAGUACAUCCUCCCAAAGGGAACUUUACAUUGAACAUAUUGUUUUACAGCUCCAUGAACCUGAUUGAAAUGUGGUGUGUUUUUAUGAGAUGUUACAUAACAUCUUGGGUGGACUGCUGUUUUAUUGCAGAACUGUGAAUAAUUUAGCUAUUUUGAUUUCAGUAUUUAUGUACUAUUUAUUUGAUGCAUUUAACAUGUUAAUAAAUAUUUUUGUAUGUUUAAA